AGUUGUAGUCAACAACAUCUGGGAAUCCCUGUUCUGAUACCAGAAACACUGGCAUCUGCCUUUGGUUCAGAAACCAAAUCCCAAAACCCUUCAGCCCCUGCAUUCAUCAGCCUGCACAGGAUGAUCCCUUCUCACAAAUGACUGUAGAAAUCUCUUCUACUGAGCAGUAUUGGAAAGACUUGGCAGAUCAUAACCAGAAAGCCCUGGGGGAUGCACUGGUGGAAAACAAUCAGCUCCAGGUGACGCUAACUCAAAAGCAGGAAGAGAUUGCUUCCCUGAGAGAAAGAAAUAUCCAGCUCAAGGAACUGGCUAGCCAAGCCAAGCAGCUAGCUUCUGUGCUGGAUAAGCCGAUGAUCCCUCAGAGCAAAGGCAGCACAGAAUUCUCCCCCACAAGUGGCCCCAACAAGAGAAGCCUCGUGCAGAUGACUGUCGCUGAGCAAGAGGAUGAUGCGGAAGUGAAUGAAAUUUUGUUGGAAAUAUCCAAUAAAUGCAAUCCAGCCUUGCAGUCCAUUGAUGAAAACAGAGGUCCCAAGUGCCCUCGUGGAGAGAGUGAAGCCAUCCACAUACAUGGAGCUUUCCAUGGACUGCAGACCUGUAGCAGCCACAGCUCCCUGGACCUGAGUGGCAGUGACCUCAAGGAAGGGGUGUCCUUCAGGACAUCCAUCAAGGAACACUGUAACAUCCGGACUCUGGCCUUCCCUCAAGGCAAUGCAUUUAGUGUCAGGACAGCUUCUGGGGGCUAUAAAUUUAGAUGGGUCCCCAGCUGA